GGAGGAGGUAUGGCUCAACUGAGCGGCCUCUGUAAAUAUUCAGAUCAGAUUAACGCUGGUAUAAAAAAAAGACAGAGACAAUGCUGUGAUCUGCUGGAAUGUUUUCGUGUAUUCACAGAAACGAUCCCCGAGGGUGUGUUUGUUUGUUUCUUCUCACGCCCUCGUCCUCCUGAAACAUGUAUGACAUUUAAAUCGACAGAGAAAUCCCUCUGAGUGGCCAUCAGAGUGCAAUGUAACAAGAUCCACCCUGGUGAACCUGAUAGUGCUGGUCAAGCUCAGCAGGGUCAUUCUGAGGCCUCGCAUGUGAAUCAGGUGAACUGAAGGGGUCUGUCCCACACAAAAUACAUCUGUAAAACUACCAGAGCAGAUUUCCUAUGUUUUAUUCUAUGGAGAAGAAGAACAUGUUUUUUUUGACUCAGCUGGAGGCCGCCCCGCUCCACAGAGCCCUGUGUGGCUGUCAGCUGGGGGGUGGGGACAUGUCCUGUAUUUACUACAAGACAAGUAAACCAGUUCUUCAAGUGGCUGUUGAUCUUUAAACCUGGGUGCAAAUAAAUUGUCCAGAACACUCAGGACUGCAUUCAGAGAGAGGCACGUCCUCUUCAGCGAGAGUGCACAGCGGCCUCCCACCCACAGGAACCUGCCAUGGCGCUGCGCCCACGGGCUUCCUCUCAGCCGGGGAAACUUUCCUUCCUCCAGAGUCCCAAGUUGGCUUCGGUGCUUCGGCCGCGGGCUGCUUCCUCGCGCUCGGGCUCCAUGCUGGAGGAGGAGCUGUCCUGUCCCGUUUGCUGUGAGAUCUUCAAGGAACCCGUGGUGCUGAAAUGCAGCCACAGCUUCUGCCGGGCCUGCCUGCAGCAGUUCUGGAACAAGAAGAAGGCCAGGCGUGAGUGUCCCGUCUGCAGGAGUAAGUGCUCUCUGACGGAGCCCACUGUCAGCCUGGUGCUGAAGAACGUGGCUGACACCUUCCUGAAGGAGCAGGAGCGCAAGACGGCCAUCGGCGGGAGGGGGUCAUGGGCCGGUGGCACGGGGCCGGAGGAGGCAGGGAUGGUGGAGGAGAAAUGCAUCAUUCAUGGGGAAGUUCUCAAGCUCUUCUGUCUUGAUGACUUUGAGGUGCUGUGCUGUGUGUGUCACACGUCCAAGAAGCACCAGGGACACAGAGUGUGUCCGCUGGAGGAGGGGGCGCAGGACCUCAAGGCCGAGCUGAAGAAGGAUCUGAUCCCUCUGAAGAAAAACCUGCGUCACCUGUAUCAGGCCAAGCAGGAGUUUGAUGACACAACUGUCCACAUCAAGAACCAGAUUCAAGCCACAGAGAAGCAAAUCAAGGAGGAGUUCGAGCAGCUCCGCACGUUCCUGCAGAAGGAGGAGGCGUCACGUCUGGCCGCCCUGCAGCAGGAGGACGAGGAGAAGAGAGAGCUGGUGAAGAGGAAGUCCGACGGCAUCACCAGAGAAAUCCUCACCUUCUCUCACGCCGUCAUCGCCAUCGAGAACGAGAUCGCGUCCAGCGAUGCGCUCUUCCUUCAGAAUUACAUCAACAUAAAGAAAAGAGCACAGAUUCCACAGAAGGACCCAGAAAAAGUGACGGGCGCUCUUGUGAAUGUGGCCAAACAUGUCAGCUCCCUCAAAUAUAAUGUGUGGGAGAAGAUGGUGGAGCUGGUUCACUACACACCCAUCACCCUGGACCCGAACACUGCCUACUCCUGGUUGGCCCUCUCCUCAGACCUGACCCGCGUGGCCAACAGUGGAUGCCUGAAGCAGCUGCCGGACAACAACGAACGCUUUGGCCACUUUGUGUUCGUGCUGGGCUCGGAGGGCUUCACCUCAGGCCGCCACGCCUGGGAGGUGGAGGUGGGCGACAAGGUGGACUGGAUGCUCGGGGUGGUCAAGGAGUCCAUCGACAGGAAGGGCCGCAUCUCGGGCUGUCCCGAGGGCGGCUUUUGGAUGAUCUCGCACUACGAGGCCGAGUACGCGGCCAUGACGAGGCCCAGCACCCCGCUGCACCUGCAGGGCGAGCUGACCCGAGUGAGGGUGCAGCUGGACUAUGACUCCGGGGAGGUGACCUUCUCCAACCCUGUCAGCAUGACGCCCAUCUACACCUUCACAGGCUGCUUCACUGAGAAGAUGUUCCCCUUCUUCUGCCCCGGCGCCAACAUCAACGGGAAUAACCCCAACCCCCUGAAGAUCUGCCCCGCCAAAGUGGCCGUGUGGAACAGUGCGACGUGGUGAUGUGAUGAGAACCUUAGUGUACUAGAAAUUUAAGAAAGUGCAAAUCAAGUGAUUUAGGCAGAUGAUGUCAGUGCAUGUUGGUGUGUAAAAUGAGCACGGUACAAGCAGAGUGAUCAGAAUGAUAACUGGUUUAUUUUACUGGGGUUCAUUCAGCGUUAAGAAACAGGAUGGUUUAAAUGCAAUAAUCGAGGUAAGUUUGGUUUUAAAUCAGUUAGUAAAACAAACUCCUGCACAGACUCUGGCUCCAUAUUCCGUCCUCGAUACAAGAUGGCAGCGCUCAUGUCCGGGAUGUUUUAGCUUCACUUCUGGAAAGUGGCAGGAGUUGAAAAUACAGGCUAUGGUUCAGACUGGUUUCAGGUAAAAGACUCAUUAGGGCUGAGAAUCAAAACAUUUUUUUAAAAUCUGCUCCGAGCAAACAAAGUGAACUGAACACCAGAAUCUGUGAAUGUGAACAAAGCCCAAGAAAUGUGUCACCAUGAGAACUGAUCAGAUUCUAAGUUUGUGUUGGUUUCAUAAUAAUUUAAUAAUAACUGCUACAGCUGCAUGUUCACUAUUUUCAGUGACUGUGUGAUUGUGUGACUGCACAAACUUCCAACCACUGUGUGUGUGUGUGUGAGAAAACAUGAAUUCCUGCAACAUGACGUUAGUAUUGUGCUUCUCAGUUAAUAAAGUGAAUGAUUUCUG